AUGGCCGUACACGGGGCAAAAGUGUACGUCUACUUUAAAGGCACUUCUGGGAAAGUCACCAUAGGCCCAAAUGGCCAGCCGACUACAAACGGGAUGCAGUCCUACGAGGUGGAUGACAAGGGGAAGGUGUAUGAUACGGACGCACAGGGGAAGAGGUUCGAUCCGUCGUUCGAGAUCCAGUUCACCAAGAAGCCUGGACAGGUGACCAAGACCAUGUGCAAAUUCACCGGUGCUCUUGACGUUAAGGAGUGGAGGGAGAUGGGGUGGAUCAUCGCGGACGAUGAGAGCUACGUUCACCCAUGCGGGGAUCAUCAGGGGUUGACUCUGGAUUGCGAGGAGUACUCGCCCUGCAGGGUGAAGUUGGCCGAUGGGACGAGCUACACCAGGCUCGUAGAAGAUUUCCAGGCGAAGCGCGUGGGCGAGCCUGACCCUGUAGACGAUUCCGGACUGGGUCGAGAUUGA